AUGCCUACCGUCAUUCUUGGAGGAGGUAUCAUUGGCUCCUCAAUUGCCUACUAUCUCUCUCAAAGCCAACCGCAAGAAGAAAUCCAUGUUAUUGAAUCAGCAUCUGAGCUGUUCUGCUCUGCGUCUGGUUACGCUGCUGGCUUCCUAGCCAAGGAUUGGUUUGCGCCUUCUCUCGCGCCAUUGGGAGAGCUGUCUUUCAACCUACACGAGUCUCUUGCUGCCGAGCACGGUGGAAGGCAGAAAUGGGGUUACAUGAAAGGUGUGGCGCUGAGCUUAGGCUCCGUGAACAACCAAGGAGGUGCUCGUGGCGACGAUUGGCUUCGUGCAGGUACAAGUCGCGCAGAGACAGCCGCAGGCACAAGUCAGUACGGGGAACCUGAGGUCCCAGAUUGGGUGACACGGCAGCAGGGGGCGAAGGUAGAGCAAAUCAGUGAUAAGAAUACCACCGGUCAAGUUGACCCCUUGAGGUUGUGCAGGUUCCUCAUGGACAGCUGCACGUCACGGGGUGUCAAGCUCCACUAUCCAACAAAAGCUUCGUCGCUUGUCAGGAACGAGGCUGGGACCAUCACCGGCGUCAGAAUCGUGGACUUGAACACAAACUCCGAAUCUACUAUCCCCUGUACGAAUCUGGUUGUCUGCGCUGGACCGUGGACACCGCAGGUCUUCCGUGACCUGUUCCCAUUCUCCAAAGUUGCACUUCCUAUAUAUCCACUCGCUGGAUAUUCUUUGGUCCUCCAUUCCCCUAGACAUACUCUGGAACACGAGCAGGAAAAGUAUCAUGGGGAGACGCAUGCGUUGUUCACGACGUGGCCGCCAUCCUGCGGCUUCAGCCCGGAGUUGUUCUCUCGGGAAGGAAGGGAAAUCUACAUUGCAGGAUUGAAUACCAAGACAAUCCCGCUUCCGGAACGAGCGGACGACUCUCAUAAGUCGAUGGACCAAAAGGAGAUGGAUAGAUUGAAGGCGGCGUCCGUUCGCCUGCUUGGAAAACUUGCAGAAGGCAAAACGGAAUCGACCGACGAAACCCCGAACGUCAACGACCUGAAGAUAGUCCGCGAAGGCCUUUGUUUCCGUCCUGCUUCAGAUCGUGGCACACCUUUUGUGGGGAGAAUUGACGACAGCUUGUUGGGCAGCGACAUCAACACCAGCGCAGGAAGCAGGAAGGGUGGAGUGUUUGUUGCUUCAGGUCAUGGCCCUUGGGGAAUCUCACUUGCUCUUGGAACUGGCAAGGUCAUUGCCGAUUUGGUGGAAGGGGUCCAGCCUGCUGUAGAUAUCAGCGGGCUGGGGGUGAGCCGUAGAGGCUUGGAACGUAUAUAG